UGUAAAGAAGACUCUUAAGCAAUCAACUAUUUGGGCUGUUCUCUUCAGAGUAAUUUGUCGUGCAGAAAAUUGCCGUUGGGAUGAAGCUUUGUAGCUUUGGAGUCCUUGUAGCCAUCGUUCUCUUCUGUGAGCAGCAUGUCUUGGCGUUUCAGAGUGGCCAGGUUUUAUCUGCUCUUCCUAGAACCUCCAUGCAAGUUCAAAUUUUGCAGAAUCUUACUACAACAUAUGAGAUUGUUCUCUGGCGGCCGGUAAUAGCUGACCUUAUUGAGAAGAAAACAGAAGUCCAUUUUUUUGUGAAUGCAUCUGAUGUAAGCACUGUGAAAACGCAUUUAAAGGUGAACAGCAUUUUAUUCAGGGUCUUGCUGGAAGAUGUGGAAGCUAUUAUUCAACAGCAGACCUCCAACACCACGCUCAUCCCCCGGGCGUCCUCAUCGUACUACGAACGCUAUCACCCACUAGACGAAAUCUAUACUUGGAUAGAAUAUAUGACUGAGACGUACCCUGAUAUGGUUAAAAAAAUCCACAUUGGAUCCUCAUAUGAGAAGCACCCACUUUAUGUUUUAAAGGUUUCUGGAAAAGAACAAAAUGCCAAAAAUGCUAUAUGGAUUGACUGUGGAAUCCAUGCCAGAGAAUGGAUCUCUCCUGCUUUCUGCUUGUGGUUCGUAGACAAGGUAAUUUAUUUGUAUGGCAGAGAUGAGGCAUAUGCCAAUCUUCUGAAGAAUGUGAAUUUCUAUGUUAUGCCGCUGGUUAACGUGGAUGGUUAUGACUACUCAUGGAAAAAGGAUCGGAUGUGGAGAAAGAACCGUUCCUACCAUGCCAACAAUCGUUGCAUCGGAACAGACCUGAACAGAAACUUUGCUUCUAAACACUGGUGUGAGGAAGGUGCAUCAAGUUUCUCAUGCUCACAAACCUACUGUGGACUUUACCCUGAGUCCGAACCAGAAGUGAAGGCGAUGGCUAAUUUCUUGAGAAGAAAUGUUGACCACAUUAAAGCUUACAUCAGCAUGCAUUCAUACUCGCAGAAGAUAUUGUUUCCAUAUUCCUACAGUCAAAGCAAAAGCAAAGACCACGAUGAACUGUCUCUAGUAGCCAGUGAAGCAGUCCGUGCUAUUAAUAAUGUUCACAAAAAUAUCAGGUAUACAUAUGGCAGUGGCUCGGAAAGUUUAUACCUAGCUCCUGGAGGUGCAGAUGACUGGAUCCAUGAUUUGGGCGUCAAGUAUUCUUUUACAAUUGAACUGCGAGAUAAGGGCAAUCCUUAUGGAUUCCUGCUGCCAGAGAGUUACAUCAGACCCACUUGUGAAGAAGCUCGUGUGGCUGUCUCUGAAAUAGCUUGGCAUGUCAUUAGGAAUGUUUAAUGCCCUUGAUGUUAUCACUCUCCCUUCAUAUUUUAAUUUAUUAAUUCCAGGGAGACCAAAUCCCAAAUCAUUGUACCUGUUUUUUUAUCAGUAGUUUUGAUAAAAGGUUUUCCUAUUCCUUCGUUUUGUCAAAGAACAAUACAUGCUACUUUGAAAUUAAGGCAGAUAAGCGUUCAUGAAUUUUUACCGUUUUUGUUGUUUUGUAAGAGGGUAGGUACUGAUUUUUUUUUUUCCUGUGAUUUCCGACGUUUGACUAGCUAUCUCGAGCAAUUUCAAUAACUAGUUUCAUGCAGGUCAUUGGCUCCUAAAAAGGAAAGGUGGUGAGGAGUACAUUGAAGAUUUCUGCUCCAAAUUUUCAAUAAAUUUCUGCUUGCCCCUUUAAAAGCACACCUAUGCAUUUCAUUAGCUCCAUAGUAAUAGGUGAUGGCUCACAAAGGGGAGGGGUGUCAAAAACCACAAACAUUACCUCUCACUCCAGCUCAGCUGCUUAGUAAACAUCGUUGAGCAAAUGCAUGAAUGGCUGUAGUGACUGUCAACAACAAAUGUGGCAUUUUAUGCAUCUGCAGCAGGCUUAUUGUAAGAAAUUAUGCAAUAAAAAGAUAAAACUCUCUUAAAUUCA